GGAGCUCGGUGAUGCUCCCGGGCUCACCGGAGGAGCUCCCUUCCCAAGCAAUAAAGAGGGAGCUUGGAUUUAGUGGGAGCUCCCCAUUUUGGGGUCCUUGCUUAACGCAGUAGCUGUAUUAACCCCACUGCGUGCUGGUCCUGAGCAGGAAUAUGCAUUUCUUCGGUUAAAAACAUGAGGUUUAAAUCAAUUUCGUGGUAAGUGGAGUGAUGUGAUUGCAGGGUUACAGCGUGUUUGUGCUGUGCGUUAAAGCACCCAUCUGUGUUUAAUCCCCCUCCUCCCAAUUGCAUCCAGCACUGAUGCUCCAGCAUCCCUUUUUAGGCACAAAGGGAUGGAGACACCCAUGGGCUUGGAACCUGAUGGCGCUGCCAUGGCAAACCUGGUGCUGCACCAGACUGUGGAGCGCAUCCACGUGGGCAAGAAGUAUGGGGACAUCCCUCGAGGCAUCUUUGUAGUGAGAGGAGAGAACGUUGUUCUGCUGGGGGAAAUAGACCUGGAGAAGGAGAGCGAUACCCCCCUGCAGCAGGUCUCCAUCGAGGAGAUCCUGGAGGAGCAGCGCGUGGAGCAGCAGGCGAAGCAGGAGUCAGAGAAGCUGAAGGUGCAGGCGUUGAAGGAGCGGGGGCUCUGCGUGCCACGGGCAGACACCCUGGAUGAGUACUGAGCCCCAAACCCAC